CUGUAUCUCGUCGUGUCUCACAGUGUAUUCUGACUAUCGUCUAGUGAGUUUAUUGCACGAUGGCCACAAUCGUUUUAAGAUAUUUUGCGUUGUUGCCGUUAAUAAGUAUUGGCUCGUUGGCCCAAUAUCCAGCAUGCAACCCAACACAAACAAACACAAGCCAUUUGACAUUCUUUUUGUACACCAAAAAUUAUUCGACAAUAAUCACCGAUGAAGACAGUUCAAUCAAAAAUGCAGCAUUCGCAGAAAGCAAUGACCUCGUUGUUUAUAUUAUUGGAUAUAAUACGAAUUAUACUGGUGUCGACUGCGUUGCAUUAAGACAAACGUACCUAAACAGAACAGAAGACAAUAAUAUUAUUGUCGUGGAUUAUUCAAACGUUACGGGACCCGUUGACCCAACUGCAAUUUUAUUUUUAACGACUUACAUGAAAGCCGCCAGAUGCGAUGUGCCACAAGUCGCGAAAAAAGUAGUAGACUUGAUCAUUUCUAUUCACAAGAAUCGUCCUGAAAUUAAUUCGACACACGUGAUAGGAGCCAGCUUAGGUGGUCAGAUAGCCGGUAGAGUGGGAUCUCUCUACAAGGAAAAAAAAGGAACGCUUUUAAAUCGAGUCACCGUUUUGGAUGCAGCCGGAAUGUUUUAUCAAGACCAUACAAAUCAUGUGACUCCGGAAUGUGCAACAAUCGUGGACGCUUAUCACACUAAUUCAGGUUUCCUUGCACAAAUUACACCAAUAGGAACCGUUGAUUUUUACAUAAACAACGCUUUUGUACAACCAGUUUGCAUUUACAAUCAAACCGAACUGGAAGAUGUAUUGCAUGGAUAUACUGCCACGUUUGUGUAUUUUUGCUCUCACAAUUCAGCUUUUAUAUAUUACAUUGCGUCGAUAAAUUAUGAUCAGAUUUACGCCAAACGGUGCAACGCUAUCAAAUCACUUACCAAAGACAGUAAUAAUGUAUAUAUUCUUGACGAUAACAACAAAAACGCACUGAUGAGAACUUGUGAGGAGGAGGUCGAAUCCGAAGACAGUCGGAUCGUUUUCGGUGAACAUUUAACACCAGGGGUAACCGGAGUGUUCUAUGCGUCGAUUGAAAAUUUACUCUCAUUAAUACAGUAUAUUAAUAUUUAAUAUGUCAAAAGCAAUAAUGUAUAAGUAUUAAAACUUAAAAGUAAUAUAAAACGUUUUACUUUCCGUUUUC